UUUUUUUUAAUUUAUUUAAAAAAAAUAAAAAAAAAUUGUUCGUGCAAGUUGAAGUGAGAUAGGAAAGCAGAGUCUGGAAAGAAAAGGAAUCCCAACUCAACGCUAUUGAACUGAAAAACGCUCCCAAUAAUCUCUUCCUGCUCAUUUCUCGUUUUGGUUUGCUAAAUAAACAUGACAUUGGAUCAAGCCUUGAAUGCAUCAUAAGUGGUGGAUAGAAGAUCCUAGAGAAGGUCAAACAUCUGCGUGUUUGAGUUUGUUGAGCUGGAGGGUUCGUGACAAGUAUGCUGACCUAUUGCUAAUGCUCGGUGACAGAUCUUGGAGAUAAUUGAAGAAUGUGUACUCGGAUAAUGUGAACCAUUCUAUAGUUUUUUAUUGAUGAUUUCACUAUCUGGACUUAACUAGACAUUUUCAUUGCUGUACUGAUGUGCUUUUGGUCUGUAGCAUAAUCUUAUAAGCAGGCUGUUUUGCAAUCCAAGUUCAGAAGUGCUAGGGAUGCAGAAGUGGCUUGGUCGUUAUUAAUAAGACUUCAGGAACACUGCCCUUGAUAAACUUAUUGUUGAUUGCUGGUUGGUGUAGCUGAUGUUACUGUUAAUGUGAAGUGUAUAGAAUACAGUCCUUGUUAAAUGUUUGAAGAUAAUGUGUGGGAUGAAUUUGAUCAGAAUGAUGAUCUCAUAGUCCCCGGUUCUGAUAGCCAACACAAUAAUCAGUUUGAAAUACAAGGUGAUGGCCGUAAGAAAUCACUUCACCGAUUACAUGGUAUGAGGAUUUGUGAUUUUGUAAGUAGCUAUGGUACUCUGGGUAAAGAGGAAUUAUACUUGCAAAAUAUGACCAAAAAAGAAAGAAUGCCAGAAAAGGACUCAUGGUCUAACACACCUGAAGGUGUAUUUUCUCCAUGUGAUGGCGACUCAUACAAAGAAGCAAAAAGGCUAACUUUAGAUGAUACAGGAACAUCUGACCACUGUUUCAAGAGCAGCAAUAUAGAUUCUGGUGGUAGCGAGCUUGGUGCAGAUGAUAUCAUCAUGGAAGACAAGUGUGUGGUGGAAGAUGAUAGUGCGUGUCAAUAUCCAAUAAAUCACACAUCUCAAGCUGAUAAUGAACUCAGUUUUCUUGAUAAUGAUGGGUGGCUGGAUAUAGGAAACUUUGAAGAUGUUGACCCUUUAAGUUGUGAUUUAACUUUUGGAAUGGAGAGUCUCGAUAAUGAAGAGGAGUUCUGCUGGCUUUCUUCUUCACAUGGUGCUGAAGGUUCUGAUGAUGCAUUGAAGUCCGACUUCAAGUUUUCAUGUGCAGAAAUAAGUCCAUUGAAAAAUACAUCAGAAUAUAAUAUGCAUUCCAAUGAAAGUAUUGAAGUUCUUCCAAUCAAUGGUUCAAACAAAAAGUCAUCACCUUGUGAUAAGACGAUAAGAUCUCAAAUGGAUGUGGAUGACAAUGGUGUUUCUGCUUCAUCAUCAAUACUCAGUGAAUCAGGCACAAAAUCUGGUCAUCAAGAUGCCUUGGUGUCCAAAGAAAAGUUGCAGAAGAAGCUGCCAAAGUCAUCAGCAGGAAGGCGAAAAAAUGGUUACCAAGAAAAUGACAAUUCUAUUCAUCCUUAUACUCCUCCUGAGCUAUAUGCAGAUGUAAAUCAGUGGUUUGGACUUGGAGCCUCUUCUAGUGGAGUUACUUCUCUUGAUAGUAACCAGAGUCAUAAGCAAAACACAGAUUCUGAUUCUUUAGGCUGCAUACUGACACAAAUUCCUUUAACGCACCCAGACUUUAGUCAUGCUCCAAAUCACACUUCCCUCUCUUCGACUUUCUCUGGACCAAGAGGUGGGCAUGAUGGACAUCUGUUUCCUUCUCUUAUAGAACCGUCUUAUGCUUCAAAUAUGGAGAGUUCUCAUGGUCAUUCUUUGGAGGCUGCUUCCUUGCAAACAAAUGAGAAGAGAGAAAAAUUUCAUAGCCAUGAUGAACACCUCUUAAGUAGGAGUUUCAUAAAUGAAAGAAAGGAAAAUAAAAUGCCAUUUCACAGUGCAGGUUCUUCUAAGCAGGUAGCUCAUCAGUUUGAAAACGAAAAUGAAGGUCAUAGUGAAGUUCGAGAGGUUAGUCUAGGAUUUUCAUCAGAAAUAGGCUCAUCAACUGUACAGGAAAGCUCACCCAUAAGCUCUGCUCUGAACCAAAACUCGCUUGAAGCAAACAGCUUUUGCCACCUCCAACAGGCAUUGGAUCAGUUGGAUAUUAGAACCAAAUUGUGCAUAAGGGACAGUUUAUACCGAUUAGCUAAGAGUGCUGAGCAAAGACAUAACAAUUCAAACGCAAAUGCUUGCGUUGGAGAUGGUACUGAAGCAUGCAAAGACAGAAUGGCACAGGAUGCAAGCAGGUGUACGGGGCUCAUGGAUAUGGAAACCAACACAAAUCCUAUUGACCGGUCUAUAGCACACUUAUUGUUUCACAGACCCACGGAUCCAUCAACGCUGCUUCCAGACGAUAUUGCACCUUUCAAAUCCCAUGCCACGAUACAUGGAUCCAUGAUCGUUCCACCAGUAAAGGCUGAGAAACAGGUGUGUCAGGAAGAUUCUUCUACCGGUGUAGAAAAAAAUCUUUUAGGGGGUAACACCUAGUGAAUGUGAAACCAGCUUUGGCACAUUAUGCUGUGUAAUUUAUGCUUUUUGAUGCCAUGAUGUAUAAUUAUUUCGGGCUUACUUGGAUCUCAUUUUUAAUUUGUGAUCCAUUUUUGCAUUGAAUGCCAUGACACUGAUGUACAAUUGUAAUUUGUAACAUGAUACUGAUGCACAUUUUACAUCUGCACUGAUCAUAAGGGAGCAACAAUAUGAUGCAUAGUAAUGUUGCGCUCACAAUUAUUUUCAUGCAAAAAGAUCACAAUAAUCUUGUGCUGGCGGUGGUCAGUCAUCAAUUUAUUUGAGACUAACAUUAUUAGAUUGUACUUGUCC